AUGGGACAAGCAGAUGAAGAAACUGCGCAGUCUACAACAGGAAAUAGAGAUGAAGCCAUCGCUAUAGUAGGUGAAGAGCAACAUGCCAUUGAUCCCAUUGUCGCCGCGCGCGCAGUCAGAAAGAUUGACAUUUUUCUCAUCCCCGCCAUGAUCAUCGGCUAUGGCCUCGUAUACUACGACAAAGCUAUUCUCGGCUCAGCAGUUCUAUUCGGCAUGACGACAGAUCUCAACCUCACUGUUGUAGACGCCUCAACUACACCACCAACCGUCGACACGCGACGUCUCAGCUGGGCCACAUCGCUCUUCUACUUUGGCAUGCUGGGGGGAUUAUACCCCAUGACGUUCGCCCUGCAGCGCUUCGACAUAGGCCGUGUUCUCGGCGGCGUGGUAAUUGUCUGGUCCGCUAUAUGCAUGCUCACAGCUGCAGUAACAACCUACCAAGGCCUCUACGUCCAACGCUUCUUCCUUGGCUUCGUCGAGAGCAUCAUCCCCACUGGUUUCAUGUGCAUCGUCUCCGGGUAUUACACCCAAUCAGAGCAGUCUCUACGGCAGAGCUGGUGGUUCUCGUCGACUGGGAUUUUUACAAUUAUCGGUGGAUCGCUCAACUAUGGCUUUGCGCAGAUCACGGGUGGUGGGUUAAAGAGAUGGCAGUACAUCUACCUCCUCGCAGGAUCGCUGACGUUUUUGUUUGGGCUUUUCUGUUUCGUUAUGCCGAAUUCGCCUGUUUCGGCGUGGUUUCUUACAUCGGAGGAGAAGUUCGCUGCUGUGGAGCGCUUGAGGCAUGGACAGACUGGUGUACGAUGCACAAAGUUCAAAGGAUCACAACUAAAAGAGGCCCUCCUCGAUAUCAAGAUCUGGCUUAUCGCACUCAUGAUGGCUUCAGCAUACACCGUCAACGGCGCAGUUAGCGGUUUCGGGCCACUUAUCGUGUCGACGUUUGGUUGGAGCACACUUCACUCUAUCCUCUUCCAGUUCCCCCUCGGCGGACUGUGUUUCAUCGUCAUUCUCCUGACGGGCUGGCUAGGAUCCAAAUUCAACAAUAUCCGCAUCUUUAUGCUCGUCUUUACAUGUUUACCUGUAAUUGCAGGUUGCGCCAUCAUUUGGAAGAGCGAGUGGUCGUACCGGGCUGCUGCGCCUGUGGUGGGAUAUUCCAUCACGGGAUUCUUUGGCGGCACGGUGAGUCUCAUUAUUACGAUUGGCAUGUCCAACGUAGCUGGCCAUACUAAGAAGAGUUUCAUGGCGGCUACGAUCUUUGUAGCGUACUGUGUUGGGAAUAUUGUCGGACCUCAGCUUGUUUGGAGUCAGACCAAGAAGGAUCAUUAUCCUGCUUUAUGGUUAGGCUUGAUUAUAUGCUAUAUCAUCUGUAUUCUCGCGUCAACCACGCUGUACUUUGUACUUCGUAGUGAGAACAGGAGGAGAGAUGCGCUUGGCUUGGAAGAUGAGAGCGAGCGAGCCAAGUUGGCUUUCCAGGACCUUACGGAUAAGGAGAACCCUUACUUUCGAUACGUAUAUUAG